AUGUGCUUUGACUUGACUUGCGCUGACCUCUCGUUUCCGUCCCCUGUCUCUCACCAGUUGUCAGCUCUAGCUGCCCAGCUGCUGCCCCUCUUGCCUGUUGAAGACCUUCAGACUCCCUUUGAAUCUGGCCUUCCAGCCUGUGUGGAGCGCAUAUCAUGUGCAGCAUCGGAACUGCAGCGCAGAGCAGCAGCGGCAGUGGAGGGGGUGAUGGCUGCGCUGAGGGACGUGGGAUCACUGCUGGGGCUGCUGGCGCUGCUCGACGUUUCCAUUGCCCAUGCAUCCACGCUGCAGUUCAUUCAGGCAGCGCCCUGGCUGGGCCUCGUGCCCUCCCCCAGCCACAAUCGUCUGCUGCAGCUGCUCAGAGUCAACCCCUCCGACCUGCCUCCCCACGAGGCCUUCACCCCCAGGGGCCUCCGCCACCGCUCCCCCCGCCACCGCCCCUCCCAUGAAUCACGCCGAGAAACAAAGGGCGGUGGAUCAACAAGGGCGGAAGCAGCCUGGGCAUCUGUGGCCCGUGGAGCUGCUGGUGAUGCUGCUGCUGAUGACGAUUGUCGUGGUGAUGCUGCGGCGGGCCCUCCUCCUCCGCCUGCCCCCCCAGCGGCACCUCUCACGGACCUGCUGCAGCGGGUGUGUGCCUCCGUGCCCGUGGUGCGCUCCUCCAUGCUCGGCAUGCUGCAGGCUGCUCAGGUGGCAGAGGCCAUCUACUGGGGCAGCGUGCAGGCAGACAGUCUCUUCGCUCACGCCCUCUCAAUCCUCUCCACCUCUCUCCACCCCUUCCUACCGCUGCUCGCCCCCCCGGUGGAGCCCUGGGCGGCCAAGGGGCGGAAACCAAGGGAGUUUCACCACCUGCACUCGCUACUGCUCGCUCUCAUAUGCCAAAGACAAGCAACGUCUGCCACAGCCACAGCAGCAACAGAAGCAACGUUGCCUGCACUGGGAACACACGCAGACAGCCACGCCAGAACACCAGACACCAACAACACCGCUCCCUCCUCUCCUUCACCUCAUUCCUCAGCUUACAACACUCCCGCCCACUCUCUCUCCUCCUCCUCCCCCUUUACUCCCCCCAUAGCACCUCUCACCGCCACCCCUACCUCACACUCUCUCAAUACCCCCCAAUCUCUCCCCUUAACAGUCCCCCAUUCAGGCCCCCUCCCCUCCUCCUCUCCAGCCAACCUUCCCGAACCUAGCUCAAAAUCCGGCCCUCUAACUCGUCCUUCCAGGCCUGGAGGCUCGGCCGCAGGCCAUACCGAACGUGCAGGCUCAGCAGAAACCUUUCCCGGGGCAGGAGGGAUGGGGAGAGGGAGGGGAGAAGAGGAGGGGGAUGCAGUGGUGUGGGGGGGGAGUGUGGUGGUUCAUUUGCUGGGGCAGCAGAGGCGGUUUGAGCUGGAUGAUCCAUGCUGGCAUGCUGUGGCUGUGAGCGAUUAUGAGAGCAUUUGCAGCGGUGGUGAGGGGUUAGGUGGUUUCGGUGCUGGUGCUGAUGGGGGAGGAAGAGGGGGAGGAGGGGGGGGAGGGGUGAUGCUUGGGGUGAUAGGGAGUGCGGAGAGGCAGCGGGGCAAGAAGGCAGCGGCAGCAGCAGCAGCGAGAGAGGCAGAGGCACGGCUUCAGCAACUUAAAGCCCAGGCAACCGCUUUUGUGGAGAAUGCAAGGCGAUUGCAGCAGGUCAGCCAGCAGGCAUUCAUCCUGUUUGCCGCCCAGGCUCCUCUGCCGCCCAAAGCUGCCAGGGUGUGUAGCGCUAAUGGCCUUCCCACUGCCACCUGCUUUCCCACGCCGCCCUUUGGCUCGUCUGCCCCUCCUUCUGCGGACUAG